AAACAAUCAUCUACAAUUACACCAUGUCAUCAUUCAUAUCUAUUGCGGAGGGCACGCAGCCUGAUCUUUCAUCAACCACGCUCAUCAUCCCCUCAAUUUCAAUAGGAAAUAUACCCCAAUUGGCGAUUGACCUCCUCAUUCAUACCUUCUCGUUUGCCAAAGUUGGUUCCUUGGAUGAUUUAUAUGUUUACCCCUUUGCCUCGCCCGUAGACUACCUGAAAACACCAGUUCCUGGAAUAUCCCGUGCAAUCGAAGUGUACCAUUGUCCUGAAUUACAACUUACGUUAGUUCAACAACGAUCACCCAUCCUCCCAUCGUAUACGGAUGUAUUUGUCAAGGAAACAAUAUUACCCUUCAUUAAAGCAUUCAAGUUUGCCAGAGUUGUAGUGUUGGAUUCUUCUGAUGCGGGAUUAGUGGAACACGUUCAUGCGGGCGGGAUUGAAGUGUACACUACCGAAGUAUUAUUGAGUAAAUCCCUCGAGUCAUUGAAGUUAUCACAUGAAACUCAGGAAUUGCAAGAAUUGGAAGCCCAAGAACAACAGAAACAUUCUAAUUACGUAAGGAGUUUGUUGAAGGCAUUCAAUUUACCCCGUAUUGACAAGAACGUUGAAGUUAACGUGGAUUUUAUGGUCUUGGUUAGUUUUGUAUAUGAAGGAGACAAUUUUUAUGAUGCUGAAAAAUUGGCCGAUAAGUUGGGUGAAGUUUUACGAUUGAAAAAAGUUGAUCGCUGGACAAGACCAGUAAGUUGGUUUGGUGCUUAUGGAGAUAAACCUGUUCCUGAUGCAGUUGAAGAAGGAUUAUUUGGAUAGCUUGUUUAGGUGAUAAUAAAAGAAAUAAGGUGUUCAAGGGUUGUAAAUUAUAACUUCUCUCUCCUCAUGGAAAAAACUGAGCUUAUUGCUUAUGCUUAGGAUCAUUCUGUCAAAUAAUACAUAUAUCUGUUGCAUUAUCAUAAAGUUUAAUCGUAGUGGAUUCCCUUGUAUUUUCUGUCUUCACGGUGUACAUCAAUAUAUCUAAUACAUAUCGUAACAAUCAU